AUGGCGUGGCGCGAAAGAACAGCGGAAAGUUCAAUGCAUGGGUUGGUGGUUGUUAAGGAAAAGGGGUGGUGGAAAUUGAGAAAGGUAGCGGGAUGUUCCGACGUCCAGGUCUAUCAGGUAGAUCACGCCGGGCGCUGUUAUGUGCGACUGACUUCACGGCGAAGAUUGGACGUUGAUUCUUAUGCGGUCGGAGUACUCGCAGGCAAAGCAAACCAACGAACGCUGAAGUCCAGCGACGCUCUCAGUCGCACGUCACUCCUUAGCCCUAGCCCUGGCUGGCGUCGAUCCGGAAAACCACCCGCAAUAGCGUCCGCGGUAGCGUCUUUACCUUUUCGACUUUGUUGCUGGCCUCUCGCGGAUCGGCGCCAUGUCCACGUCCUCCGAGUACCAAGCAACCAGCGCACGUUGCGGGCAAACAGGGCAAGGCGUAGGAGGAAGGAGGAGCGAUUGGAUGUCGGGUUGACGGAAGUGGGUGCGUGGGAGGGGAUUGGUCGGAUGGUUGCGGGUUCGAAUGGUGGAUUGGUUUUAAGAUGGCUCAGGGUCUGA